AUGAUCGUGCACAUCGAAAACCCGCACAGCAAUAGGAAGGUGGAGGACAUUGCGAAUGAGAUGAUCGGCCAGCGGACAUUCGUCGGGUGGCCGUUCUUACAGGAGGGCAUGGUGACGGCAGUUUCAGACUCGCUUUUCACGUACGAGAAGAUGUCAGUCAUCCCGGGGCGCCCGCCGAAGGUCAUCUCGAACCCGCACUCUCCGCAAGGGCUGGGCCUGUGGAAGUCGAAGGCGGAGAAGAUAGAGCACUACUACUCAAAGAGAUGUGGUGUGAUCACUAGCGACAUCGACGUUCUCGUCCAUGUCAGACCACUAAAAGGCCUUAAGCGUCUGGACACUGGCGCGUUUGUGAAGGACUAUGAGGAUCAGGAGCAUGAGGUCGAACAAGCCGUUCAAAUGACGGUAUCAGAGGUAAUUUCGGAGGACCUGCGAUUCGCGGAGAAGGAGCCGCCUCCGCUAGCCGAGGAGUUUCCGGAGGGAAGCAAGGUGUUCUUCUUGGGCGAACACGGAUAUGGAGUUGCAGCACAAGUAUCUGCGACGACGAACGACACGCUUUCCGUCGUUCUUGCCUUCUUCCCUUCGGAGAAGGCGGAGAACGAGAAGUUCAAAAAUAUCGCGACAAAUCGCAUGUCCAGCAGGUAUUUUCCGUCGUUCAAGGUCUCGGACAUGCUCGGCCUGUCUGGGCGCGCGGUGGCAAAGAUUACGUCGAGUUUCAUGGUCAUCACGUCAGACGGCCAGAAGAACAAUCUGGGCUUGAGCUUGAAGUUCGAGGCGAAGGGGUUGAAGGUCAUCGACUAUUCGCGCAAGGAAGGAAGGUACUGGGAGUUCAGUGAGAAGGCGGUUGAACUGAUCGGGGAGUACAAGAACAAGUAUCCAGAGGUCUUCCGCUCGCUUAACCGUAACAGCGAUGCGAUGCUGCAUGCAGGUGAUGUCUUUACCGAAGAGGAUGACGCGGAUGCGAAGGUUAAGGAGGUUAAGGCGUGGCUGAACUCGAAAGGUGUUCGCGACUUCGAACCUGUAUCUCUCUUCUGCGAUCAACUGAAGAAGGACACCGUCAAAGAGAUUGAGGAGCUUGCGGACACAGUUACGAAGAACAAGUCGGUUUCGGCUAUCAAGAAAGCUAUCGUGAAGGGGAUCCCGAGACAAGCUGUCCUCAAGCCGUCGCAUGCGAUUUAUCGAUUGCAGAAUCAGCAUUUCGUGCUCGGUGAUCGUGUGACGAUGGUGCAGGACUCUGGAAGCGUCCCAUUGUCGAUCAAGGGCGUUGUUGUCGGCAUGAACGCUAAAUCGAUGGACAUCGUGUGGGACGCACCGUUCAUGGCUGGCACGACACUCGGAGACAGGUGCUCUCGGUAUCGGGGAGCGACCGUCGAGUUUACGUCGUGCCUGAACCUGACGGACCCGCAAUUUGUUACAUCCACGAACCCGAAGGACCCGAAGCAGCAGAAGCCAACUUCUCCUUUCAGACCGCGCUUCGGUCCACACCCUGUGAUACGGCCCCCGCCAGGUCAACAGGCUGCCUCUGGCUUCCGUCCAGCUCAGGCAAGGUACGCUUUUCGAUGCUGGUCGGUAUUUAUCAUGACGAACCCCAACCGCGGCCGUGGGGCGUCUCGCGGAGGUGUAGCCGUAGCAAACGGUGUGCCCACGAACAUUGUGACGAACAGUCAUACAGUUCCUGCUGCAUCACACUCGAAUGGCCAUGGCAUGAACGGUGCCCGAGGCAAGCCACCGUUCGCGCAACGAGGCGGAUUUGGAUCUGGCUUUCGCGCAGGUGCCCCGCCUGGUGCGUUUGUACCCCAGCGAGGAGGGUUUUUCCGGGGCCGGGGAGGUGCUCUAUCAGAUGUUGAGCGAGGCCGCGGCGGACUAUCCAGGGGUAGAAGCCGAGGCAGAGGGCGGGGCACAUUUGCUUCUCCGGUGGUAUCAUCGUGA